AUGAUAUCCCGAAUCACCAACUGGGAUGAUCUAGAAUUCAUUUCGGAGGAAGUAGUCCCUGACACCAAUGAAUUACAGUAUACAUCGUUUGGCCUCAUCGACGACAACGACACCUUCCAUCAUGGCCAACUGAGCGCUCCAAAGACGGAAAUAUCGCUCGAAAAUAUCAUGGCUGCUUUAAUGUAUAUCAAACGUCCCCCGCUGGAGCUGUACAGUAUGCUCAAAAAUAUGGGGAUUGAGAAACAGCUGUACAACGCAUUCGUAGUAGAAGUGCAAGUGCUAGAAGAACUGUCGCAGCAUCCACACCCUAACCUGAUCCAAUACCAUGGCUGUCGUGUCGCGCGCGGCCAUAUUACCGGCCUCGUGCUUGACAUACAUCCGCACGAUCUACAGACCUAUGUGAAGCACGGAUACGAGAGACUCGAUAAAGUCCUCUUUAUGACCGCGCUCGAGUCUGUAAUUCAGCAUCUACAUGGGCUUGGUUGGGCGCAUAAUGAUCUCAAGCCAACCAAUGUCCUAGUUAGCGAUGCCGGAAUGCCGGUCUUGAUUGACUUUGGGGGAUGUCAGAAGCUUGGUACGAAGUUGAAAUAUAUUCGGGGAACAAAAGGGUGGAUUGAAGGGGAGAUUGGAGACUAUACCAUGUCGGAGGCGCGGCAUGAUACCUUUGCGCUUGGAAAAAUUAGAGCUUGGCUCGAUGAUCCAAGCUCGCAAGAGUGA